AUGUCGGCGUGGUGGGCUUUGGGCCAACUCGUGACCAACUUGAUUGCCUGGGGUCUUCUCAGUAACUAUUCUUGUGACGAUCCUUUGAAUUGUAAAAAGGCAGACAACAAGGGAUGGCGCUACUUUUUGUUCACUAUGGGAGGAUUUACACUUUUGAUGUUCAUCAGUCGGUUUGCUUUCCGAGUGUUUGAGUCUCCUAGGUUCCACUUGGCUCGUGGAGACGACGUCAAAGCCGUUGAAACCAUCCAUAGAAUCGCCAAAAUCAAUCGCAAAGAAAGCACUUUGACCAUAGACGACUUGACUCAGUUUGACGACAAAUUGGAAUCUGGAAAAGUGGAAAACAGAUUGGUGAAAGAAAAACUCGAAAGGUUCAAAUUGACUCAUAUCAGGCUGUGUUUCGGCUCAAGAAAAGUAGCAUUUUCUUCAGGCUUGGUUAUCGCAGUGUGGGCAUUUGCUGGUUUGGCUUUCCCAUUAUACAACGCUUUCUUGCCUACGUAUCUUGAGAUGCAUGGAAAUAACGGACAAGAAUUGUCGGUGCACGAGACUUACAGAAAUGCCUUGAUUGUGUCGGUAAUAGGUAUUCCCGGUGCGAUUAUUGCAGCCAUUUUGGUGGAGCUUCGUUUGGGCAGAAAGGGAACCCUUGUGUUAUCGUUCCUUUUGACCGGGGUAUUUUUGUUCAUUUCAACUACGGCGAAAACAGCAAAUGCUAAUUUGGGCUACAAUUGUGCAUUCUCGUUUUUCUCCAAUAUUAUGUACGGCGUGCUUUACGCUUACACUCCGGAAAUUUUCCCCACCAAGAUCAGAGGAACCGGAAUCGGACUUGCGGCAUCGGCAAACCGGAUUUUCGGAAUUUUUGCGCCGAUCAUUGCCAUAUUUGCUGACUUGACCACCUCUGCUCCAAUCUACGUUAGUGGAGCUCUCUUUUUGUUGUGUGGAGUUUUGUCGGCUUUCUUUCCUUACGAGCCCAGAGGUAAAAAAUCUUAUUGA